ACUGCCUUGUUUGAGCGCGUUGCAUGCCGGGCACAGUGUCGUUGCUAGGAGACCGUUAAUAAGAAGUUCGUUAUCUGGUCAGUCUAAAGCGGACAGCUCUAUCAAGAUUACUCACUGAAAUAUCAAUUAUACGAUCCACUGGGGAGGUCUAAGAUGGCCUCUGACCCUCCAAGGACUCCUUCGCCGCUCCAAAGAGGCCGGAGCAGGAACGCAGAGUCCACAGGUAACACAGAGCGACUGCACAACCUGCCUGAAUUACAGGGGUUCAGGGCCCCACCAAGACCUCCAGUCCGUGCUCAUGACCCACAGGCCGUGCUCCAAAGACCUGUGAAAAGGAAUCAACCGAGUGCCCAGCACUUGGAGACUCGUGCGCGGAUGUAUUUUCCAGGCUGGGACACUCAGCCACCUCCAGCUGAGCGAACAAAGCAGCCACAGAGACUCCGCAACCAACUGCCUGAAAUAAAGGGGUCCAGGACCCCAUCAAGACCUCCAGUCAAUGUUCAAGCCGGGCUCCAAAGACCUGUGACAAGGAAUCAGCCAAGUGCCCAGCACUUGGAGACUCGUGCGCGGAUGUAUUCUCUAGGCUGGGACACUCAGCCACCUCCCGCUGAGCGAACAAAGCAGCCACAGAGUCUCCGCAACCAACUGCCUGUCAAUCGACCUCCUCUGCCAUCCAGAACUAAGAAUAUCCUAUCAACCCCGAGCUCCUCAAGACAACCUUUUCCAGUAAGGAAGAGUGGGAAACUGAACAAUCCAUCUGAAGUUCUACGCUUCGAGCUAAGCAAAGAGGACUGUGGGAUGACCACUGAUGGAGGUGUGUUAACGGUGUGUGGAGAUGAGGUCAAUUUUGAAACCCAUGGGGACUUACAAAAAGAGAGGGACUACCACUGCAAGCUGAUAAGCAUCCCCUUCUUUGCCUCAUUCAAAAAAUGGAAACCCUUCUACCUCUGGCGUUCUCAUGUGCGUGUAAGAAAGUUUAAUUUGGCCAGGAGGUCUCUUCAGAAGAACUCUUUUCUUGUCAGUCAGUCUCUUAGUGCAGCACUGAUAGUGAUCAGGGGGAUGUGUUGCCAAAUCAGUGAUGCAGGCUUGUUUCACAUGGAGAAAAAACACACCUACUCGCUGCACGAGUUCCAUGAUUUCCAGCUCAAACGACUGCAAGAGGUUCUGUCUGACUUGAAGAAGUUUCAAGCCUUUGUAAAGGAGAUGACAAUGAGUGCAAUCAGAAACUACUGGUCAGAAUUUAAAUCCCAGUCUGAUGACUCAAAUGAACAAAACAGAAAUAAAUCCAUCACGCAGAUCAACGAGGCUUGUCACUCAAGCCGCCUUAUAUGCUUCAUUCGGCUUGUUGACUACUUGGUCAUUAGCACCUUACAUAUUUUAAUGGGGAAUGCAGUGACCAAGCUACAGUCUGAAAUCCGUGAACAGGUACGUCAUACCCCUAGCCAUGCCAUGAUUCAGAACUGGGGCCAGCACUCUGAGGCUGGAACUAAAACUGCUGAAGAAGAGACGGGGAGAAAGUCUUCCAGGUCAGAGACUCCCGGGCUCCAACCUAUGUUCAUGACUGAAAUGAUGCUGGACGAAAAUGCCUUGACCUUCAAACCCUCUGAAGAAAACUUCCUGGACAUCGUGGCAGAGAUCUUUGAGCAGUUUGAAACAACAGUGACGUCAGUCGAUAGACUUUCUGCAGAUCCUGAAUGUAUUGAAAUGACACAAACCUCAAUGGGCAAGAAAGCGAUGGAUGAAUAUGAAACAAGUCCUUUGAAAUCCUGUAUAGGCAGUGAUUGCCACCUUCAAAGUGUCAUUCAGACUAUUAAGGAAUUACUGCAGUUUGCCUUUGAAACAGCAAAAGUGUACUCACACACUUUGGAACAUUUCUGUCUGUUUUACAAAGAAAAUGAGAGUCUGGAUCUGGAUGUAUUGGUGCAACAAGAUCAUGCAAACAGUUUGUCCUUUUUUGAAAGCGCGUUGGAGUUAUACCACAGUCAGCACAAGGAGGCCCUGGCUAUCCAACAUGAGAAACCUCUUGGCUUACUGCUUGUGAGCCAAACAAAGUUCAGAGAGAAGCUAGUGUCUUCUCCCCUGCGCUGUCUGGAGGUCAUCAAUGAAAUGCUUACCAGACUUGCUACGAGGAAACUUAACACUGUCAUUGCAGAGGCAAGUGAGGCUCAGUUCAAACUAGAGUCCUCGCCCUCAACUACGGCCGACUUAGCCAACUCCCUCACGUUCUUAGAUGAGAUACAGGAGAGGAUUAAGACACUAGAAGAGGAGCAGGAGACAGUUUCUCAGAUGUACAAACUGAUAAACAUGUACUCAGUUCCCAUGCCACCUGAGGAUUUUGUUGUUUUUGAAACCUUGCAACUUUACAUGAACUCAUUGGAAAGUGUCAUAGAUAAGGCAGUGGCUCAGAGAGACUCUCGAAUGGACAAGUUUUGUGGCUCUCUGCUCAAAGAUAUAAAGCAGCUAAACCAUGAGGUCAUGAAAACCAAACUCAAGUCCCAGGAUCCACAAAUCUUAGACAUCAAUGCAGAUUCCUCCAAAGUCCGUCUGCUGCUGGGAGAGCUCCAGAUUGUGAUUGAUGAGCUGCAGAACCAGGCCUCCACCUAUACCUCCUACCAGAAAAUGUUCAAGAUGGAGUUGACCAAGUUUGACACUCUGGAGGAGUUAACCUCAGAGUUUAAACUGAAAAAACUGCUUUGGGAGUCUCUAGAGGAAUGGGACUCUUUACACGACGGAUGGAAACAGAGCACACUUCAGCACCUUGACUUGGAACACUUAAGCACCCAGGUCAACAAAUACAGCAAAUAUGUCAACCAGCUGGAGAAGGGCUUGCCUCGUAAUAAUGUUAUGGCAAGUCUGAAGGACAAGGUGGAAGUCACAAAGCAGAGGCUGCCUGUGGUCACUGAUCUACGUAACCCUUGUAUGAAACCAGUGCACUGGAAAAGUCUUGAGUCUAUUGUGGGAACCUUUCUGAGUGUGGAGGAGCUCACUUUGGCUGUCAUGGAGGAGACUGACAUAUUGUCCUAUAGCACGGAGAUACAGGAGGUGUCAGGACAGGCGUCAGGAGAGGCAUCAGUGGAGAACAUUGUCACAAAGGUGGAGGACCUGUGGAAGAGCACUGAGUUCACUGUGCUCAAUCACAGCGACUCCAAAGAUGUCUUCAUAUUAGGAGGCACAGAAGAUAUUCAGGUACUUUUGGAUGACAGCAUCAUCAAUGUGGGCACAGUGGCAUCUUCACGUUACGUAGCUCCAAUAAAGCUACGGGUGGACAAAUUGCUGCAACAGUUGUCCCUUUUCAACGAAACACUGGACGAGUGGCUUUCAUGCCAAAGGAACUGGCUAUACCUAGAAAGUAUCUUCUUGGCCCCAGACAUUAAAAGGCAACUGCCUAAUGAGUCCAAGAUGUUCCUGAAGGUGGACAAGUCCUGGAAGGAGAUCAUGGGAAAGGUCAAAAAGAUGCCUUUUGCACUAAAAGCAGCCACUCAGCCUGAUCUAUUGAAAACCUUUCAACACAACAAUUCUCUUUUGGAAGAGAUACAGAAAUGUCUGGAAGCAUACCUUGAGUCCAAGAGGAACAUCUUUCCUAGGUUCUACUUCUUAUCAAAUGAUGAGCUGCUUAAAAUCUUGGCCCACACAAAAAAUCCUCAGGCUGUGCAACCCCACCUUAGGAAGUGUUUUGAUGCCAUUACACAGCUGGAGUUUGCACUGUUGCCAGGACAUUCUUCUGCUGCCACAGGAAGUGUUCUAGAUGCUGGAGAACAGGAGAAAGUCUUCAGCAAAGACAUUUUAAACAUGGUUUCCCCUGAGGGAGAAAAGGUUGGAAUGACUAAAGGUCUGAAGGCCACAGGUAAUGUGGAAGAAUGGCUUUGCAAGGUGGAGGAGGCAAUGUUCUCCUCAUUGCGGCGCCUCAGCAAGGCUGCCAUUGCAGACUACCAGGUGAAGUCCAGAGAUGAAUGGGUGGUGGCUGGGCACCCAUCACAGGUGGUGCUUACCAUCUCUCAGAUGAUGUGGUGCAAGGACAUGGAUGCCUGCCUGGAGCGAGAACAUGAACACUUUGCUACUAUGCAGGAAUUUGAACUGGCUAACUUUGAUGCUAAUGCCCUAGCAGCACUAGUUCGAGGAGAGCUUUCUACUCUACAUCGUAAUAUAAUCACUGCCCUCAUUACUAUUGAUGUCCAUGCCAGAGACAUUGUCACCGAUCUGGUAUGCCAAAAGGUGGACUCCAGGGCUAUUGAAUGGCAGAGACAGCUACGCUACUACUGGGACCUGGACCUGGACAACUGCAUAGCCACAAUGGCUCUGGCUUCUUACAUUUAUGGCUGAUAUCUUGGAGCCUGUCCUAGACUUGUUAUUACACCCCUCACGGACCGUUGCUAUUUAUGUCUGAUGGGUGCUCUUCAGUUAGACUUAGGAGGAGCUCCAGCUGGGCCAGCUGGGACAGGCAAAACUGAGACCACCAAGGACUUGGCUAAGGCCCUGGCAAUACAGUGUGUGGUCUUCAACUGCUCUGAUGGACUUGACUACAAGAUGAUGGGGCGCUUUUUCAGCGGGCUUGCUCAGUCAGGUGCCUGGUGUUGUUUUGAUGAAUUCAACAGAAUCGAUAUUGAAGUGUUGUCUGUCAUCGCUCAACAGCUUAUAACCAUAAGAAACGCCAAAGCUGCCAAGAUGACAAGGUUUCGAUUCGAGGGUCAGGAGAUCAAGCUGGUGAUGACUUGUGCUGCAUUCAUUACCAUGAACCCUGGCUAUGCUGGAAGAACAGAGCUACCUGACAACCUUAAAGCUCUGUUCAGACCUAUAGCCAUGAUGGUACCAAACUACACUCUCAUUGCUGAGGUCAUUUUGUACUCUGAGGGGUUUGAGUCCAGUAGAACCCUUGCAAGGAAAAUGACCCAGAUGUACAAGCUGUGCUCUGAGCAGCUGUCGGGGCAGGACCACUACGACUUCGGCAUGAGAGCCGUCAAGUCUGUCCUGGUUAUGGCAGGGUCUCUGAAGAGAACUAACCCCGACCUCAGUGAGAUGGUGGUUCUUAUCAGAGCUCUUAGGGACUCAAACCUACCAAAGUUCCUUGUUGAUGAUGCUGUGUUGUUUGGUGGUAUACUAUCAGACCUCUUCCCUGGUGUGUGUAUCCCUGAGCAUGACUAUGGUGUCCUACAUUCAACUAUCCUGGAGUCUCUGAUCAAACGAAACCUGCAGCCACUGGCUAGUAUGACCAAGAAGGUCAUCCAGCUGUACGAGACCAUGCUAGUGCGUCAUGGUGUCAUGCUGGUUGGACCCACUGGUGGAGGUAAGACCACUGUCUACACCAUCUUGGCUGACGUACUGGGAUCCCUCCAUCACACAGGUCACAAGGCUAAGAACCCAUUCUAUCAGCCUGUUAGGACUUAUGUUCUAAACCCGAAAUCUGUUACAAUGGGAGAGCUCUACGGAGAGGUCAACACGUUAACACUGGAGUGGCGAGAUGGUCUAAUGGCCUUGAGUGUCCGUGAUGCAGUCAACGACAACACUGAUAUCCACAAGUGGGUGGUCUGCGACGGGCCAGUUGAUGCCCUGUGGAUUGAGAAUAUGAACACUGUGCUGGAUGACAACAAGAUGCUUUGUCUGGCGAACAGCGAGCGGAUUAAACUUACUCCAUCCAUACAUAUGGUGUUUGAGGUCCAGGACUUGGCUGUUGCAUCUCCAGCCACUGUCAGUCGCUGUGGGAUGGUAUAUAUUGACCCAGAUGAGCUCAAGUGGUUGCCAUAUGUACAAACAUGGAUCACUGGGCUUGGAGCCAAGCUCCCAGAUGCAGUAAAAACGUAUCUCUUUGAGCUGUUUGAGCAGUAUGUGGAGAAAGGUCUUCAGUUUGUGCGAACUCAUUGUACCCAGGUGAUUUGCCAGGUGAACAUCAGUAAGGUCACCACUUUGUGCUCCUUGCUAGAGGCACUACUUCUGGGAAAAGCCGGACCAGACCUCAAAAUGGAUUCCAAACAUCUCAACAGUGUAUUGUGCCAGACCUUCAUAUUUUGCUACCUGUGGGCAGUAGGCGGCAACCUGACCAGUUCGCAAUGGGACACUUUUGACAUCUUUGUCAGGGAGCAGUUUGAAGACAAUACCAAUGCUAAGUUGCCCAGGAGUGGUACUCUGUGGAGUGUGUACAUGAACUUUACCCACAAGCGACUUGAGCCAUGGGAGAAGGUCAUCCCUUCAUUUAAAUACAACAAGGAGCAACCCUUUUUUGAGACGCUGGUCCCUACCACAGACACUGUCCGAUUCGGCUAUCUGAUGGAGAAACUGUUGUCUGUGCAGCGCUCUGUGCUCUUUACCGGUGAAACUGGAGUGGGAAAGUCAGUGGUUGCUCGGGGCCUUCUAAACAGUAUCCAGGUACAGGCAGGGUACCUACCAGUAUACAUUAACUUCUCUGCUCAGACAUCCUCUGCCCGGACACAAGAGUUCAUCGAGUCCAAGCUGGAGAAAAAGAGGAAGAAUAUUCUGGGUGCACCUGGUAACAAGAAGUUAGUAGUCUUUGUGGAUGACCUGAAUAUGCCUAAGCUGGACAGUUAUGGCUCUCAGCCCCCGAUAGAGCUCCUCCGUCAGUUCCAAGACUUUUCUGGCUUCUUCGACAGGAAAAAGUUCUAUUGGAAGGACAUCCAGGAAAUGAUCAUUGCUGCUGCAUGUGCUCCUCCAGGAGGGGGACGCAAUCCGGUUACCGCACGGUUUAUUCGCCACUUCAGUAUGCUGUGUCUCCCCACGCCCUCAGAACACAGCCUCAAACAGAUCUUCAAAGCCAUCUUGAAUGGCUUUCUUGCUGAGUUUUCGCAGGGGGUAAAGGACUGUGCUGCUCAGAUUGUUGAUGCAGCUGUGGAGAUAUACCAGCGUUUGAGUGUCGAUCUGCUGCCCACUCCAGCUAAAUCCCACUAUGUCUUCAAUCUCCGGGACCUGUCCAAGUGUGUCCAAGGUAUAUUGCAGUGUGAGCCGAGUCAAAUUAGAGACAAGAACCAGAUCUUCCGUCUCUUCUGCCAUGAGUGUCAGCGUGUUUUCCAUGACAGGCUCAUUAACAACCAGGAUAAAUCCUAUUUCCACACUAUUGUCUGUGACAUGUCCAGCAAAUACUUCAGCAUUAACCAAGACCCCAUAUGCUUUGUGACUGAGCCUAUUAUAUUUGGGGAUUUUAUAAAGCUUGGUGCUGAGAAAGAAGAUCGUCCUUAUGAGGAUCUGACUGACAUGGAGAAGAUUAAGGCGGUGCUCCAGGACUACCUUGAUGAUUACAACAUGACCUUUUCAAAGGAGACCAAGCUGGUUUUCUUCCAGGAUGCCAUUGAACAUGUCUCUAGGAUUGCCCGUAUUAUUCGCCAGGAGAGAGGCAAUGCACUUCUAGUUGGAGUAGGAGGUACAGGCAAGCAGUCGCUCACAAGGUUGUCAGCCCAUAUGUGUGGCUACUGCUGCUUUGAGAUUGAACUUAGCCGUGGCUACAACUAUGAGAGCUUUCAUGAAGACUUGAGGAGGAUGUACAAGAUGGCCGGUGUGGAGGGCAAGGAUAUGGUGUUCCUCUUUACGGACAAUCAGAUUGUAGUGGAAGAGUUUUUGGAGGACAUAAACAACAUGCUGAACUCUGGCGAGGUGCCCAGCCUUUUUGAGAAGGACGAGCUGGAACAAGUACUCGCUGCCACACGCCCUAAAGCCAAAGAGGCUGGAAUCAGUGAGGAAAACAGAGAUGAGGUGUUCCAGUAUUUCAUUUCACGCGUUCGAGAGAAGCUUCACAUUGUGCUCUGUAUGAGUCCUGUGGGCGAUGCCUUCAGGUCCCGCUGUCGUAUGUUUCCUUCACUGGUCAACUGCUGCACCAUUGACUGGUUUGUACAGUGGCCUCGUGAGGCACUGCUUUCUGUCUCUCAGGCCUUCUUUCAGAAUGUGGAGAUUGGCAGUGAUGAGCUGAAGCAGAGCUUAUUCUCCAUGUGCGUGGAAGUACAUAUUAGUGUCACUGACAUGGCAGAGCGCUUUUAUUCAGAACGCAGACGUCGAUACUAUACCACUCCAACCUCUUACCUGGAGCUCAUCAACCUCUACCUAUCUAUGCUAGAAGGGCAAAGACACCAGUUAGUGCUUGCCAGGGAUCGUGUUAAGAACGGACUAACAAAACUUCUGGAGACGAACAUCCUUGUGGACAACAUGAAAGUGGAACUGUCUGCUCUGGAACCAGUACUAAAACAAAAAUCUAUUGAUGUUGAUGCCCUAAUGGAGAAGUUGGCUAUCGACCAGGAGAGCGCUGACGAGGUGCGUAAAGUAGUUACAGAAGAUGAGGCUUUGGCCAAGGUCAAGGCUGAAGACACACAAGCCAUGGCUGAUGAUGCACAGAGGGACUUAGAUGAGGCUCUGCCUGCCCUAGAUGCUGCCAACCAGGCUCUGAAUUCCCUUGACAAGGCAGACAUCUCUGAGAUCAAGGUCUUCACCAAACCCCCAGACCUUGUCAUGACCGUCAUGGAGGCUGUCUGCAUCCUGCUCCUCUGCAAACCAGACUGGCCAAGUGCCAAGCAACUACUGGGAGAUGCCAACUUCCUCAGGCGUCUAAUGGACUAUGACAAGGAUAAUAUCAAGCCACAAAUCCUGCUGAAGCUGCACAAAUACAUCAGUAACCCUGAUUUUAUACCUGAGAAGGUGGAGAAGGUAUCCAAAGCCUGCAAAUCAAUGUGUAUGUGGGUCAGAGCCAUGGUUCUAUACUCCAAAGUCCUCAAAGAAGUGGGCCCGAAGAGAGCAACACUUGCCAUGGCGCAGGAGGAACUGGAUGUGACUAUGGCAACCUUGCGAGAGAAGCAGCAAAAGCUUCAGGAUGUGGAGAGCCAGAUCAUGGUUCUUCAGGAACAAUUUGACAGAAGCAUAACUGAAAAGGAGGAUUUGGUUAACACCAUGGCUUUGACAAAGGCUCGGUUGACCAGGGCAGGGAAGCUAACAUCUGCCCUGAGUGAUGAACAAGUACGCUGGGAACAAAGUGUUUCCUUGUUUGAGCAAGAGAUUCUAAACGUUGUAGGGAAUGCCUUCAUUGCAGCUGCUUGUGUGGCCUACUAUGGAGCGUUCACUUCCCACUAUCGACAGCUGCUUAUUGACCAGUGGAUAAAACAGUGCAAGGAACUGAAUAUCCCCAUCAGUCCAAGCUUCCGCCUUAUCAAUAUCCUGGGUAACCCAUAUGUCAUCCAGAAGUGGAACACCGAAGGCUUGCCAAAUGACACUGUGUCCAUAGAAAAUGGGAUCUUGGUGACUGAGGCGAGACGCUGGCCCCUCAUGAUCGACCCACAAGAUCAGGCCAACAGAUGGAUCCGCUCCAAGGAGGCCAAGCAUGGUCUCAAGGUGAUCAAGCUGACAGACCCAAACUUUCUCCAAGUGCUAGAGAAUGCCAUACGCAUGGGCAUACCUGUGCUGCUCGAAGAGUUAAAAGAGACUCUAGAUCCAGCUCUGGAGCCCAUCCUGCUGAAGCAAACAUUUGUUGCUGGUGGAAGGACCCUGAUCAGACUCGGAGAUGCAGAUAUUGACUAUGACAAAAACUUCAGGUUUUAUAUGACCACCAAGAUGGCAAACCCACACUACUUACCAGAGGUGUGUAUCAAAGUAACAAUUAUCAACUUCACUGUGACAAAGUCUGGCUUGGAAGACCAACUUCUCAGUGAUGUGGUGCGUCUUGAGAGUCCAAAUCUUGAGGAACAGAGGAAUGAGCUUGUAGAGCAAAUCAAUGCUGACCGAAACCAGCUCAGAGAUAUUGAAGACCGCAUCCUGAAGCUUCUCUUCAGUUCUGAAGGAAAUAUACUUGACAAAGAGGAGCUAGUUCAAACUUUACAGGAGUCAAAGGUGACGUCAGAGGCCAUAAAGCACCGUCUGGAGAAAGCAGAGGCCACUGAGUUGAUGAUCAACUCUGAAAGGGAACGCUACAGACCUGUGGCCACUCGAGGUUCAGUUUUGUACUUUGUCAUUGCCAGUCUCUCUGAAAUGGAUCCAAUGUACCAGUUCUCUCUAAAAUACUUCAAACAGCUCUUUAACUCUACCAUCGAGACGUCUGAGAAGAGCAGCAUCUUCAAAGAACGCCUUCAGAUCUUGCUGGAUCAGAUCCUGCUUAACUCAUACAUUAAUGUUUCCCGUGGCCUCUUUGAACAGCACAAGCUCGUCUACAGCUUUUUGUUAUGUGUAGAGGUCAUGAGGGAAUGUGGUGAAAUCUCUGAUGCUGAGUGGCUGUACUUUCUGAGAGGAGCUGCUCCCUUGGACAAGGACUAUGCAGCAAAGCCAGAUGUGGAAUGGCUAAGUCAUUUUCACUGGCAGGCAUGUUGUGAGCUGGAAGACACACUACAUUGCUUCAGGAACAUCUCAAAGGACAUCACCAGAACUUAUAUCCAUGUUGAACUAGGCAGCUGUCAAGCAUCUAUUAAUCCAAAGAACUGGGAAGGUUUCAUGUCAGAGUUGCCUUCCCAUGAGGAAUCCAAAAAAGGGAAGCAGGAGACAAGGGGCAACUGGAAUGAGACAUUGGGAGCCUUUCAGAAGCUUGUCCUCAUCAAAAGCUUCAUGGAAGAAAAGGUGGUGUUUGCAGCAACAGAGUUCGUAAUUGUCAGCCUGGGGAAACAAUUUGUGGAAAACCCUCCAGUUGACCUGGCGAACCUCUACAAAGAUAUCUCCCCCUCCACACCAUUGGUUUUUAUACUAAGCACAGGCUCAGACCCAAUGGGUGCCUUCCAGCGCUUUGCUAAAGAAAGAGGUUAUCUUGACAGAGUGGAGUCCAUCUCAUUAGGUCAAGGCCAGGGGCCGAUAGCAGAGAAGUUGAUUCAUGGAGCACUCAAGAGUGGUAACUGGGUCUUUCUGCAGAACUGUCAUCUGGCUGUCUCCUGGAUGUUAGCCAUGGAGGAACUCAUCAAGACUUUUACUGAGCCUGACACAACCAUCCAUGGGAACUUCCGUUUGUUUCUUAGUUCCAUGCCUACGAAAGUAUUCCCAGUAUCAGUGCUCCAAAACUCUGUCAAGGUGACUAAUGAGCCUCCUAAAGGCCUGCGAGCAAACAUGCGACGUGCCUUCACCGAAAUCUCAAGCAGUUUUUUUGAAGGUCAUGAUCUGGGACACCCGUGGCGAAAGAUUGUCUUUGGAGUCUGCUUUUUCCAUGCAAUCAUCCAGGAGCGGAAGAAGUUUGGUCCUCUGGGCUGGAACAUCCGCUAUGAGUUUAAUGACAGUGACAGGGAGUAUGCGUUGCUCAACCUCAACCUCUACUGCAAAGAUGAUACCAUCCCAUGGGAUGCUCUUAUCUACAUUACUGGUGAGAUCACAUAUGGAGGCAGAGUGACUGAUGCUUGGGACCAACGCUGCCUAAGGACAAUCCUCAAAUGCUUCUUCUCACCUCAAACAUUGACCCCUGCCUAUAAUUACUCCCCCUCAGGAAUCUACUUUGCCCCAGAGACAGAUAAACUGAAGGAGGUUAAGGAAUAUAUUGAAAGUCUGCCUAUCAUAGAUAAUCCUGAAGUUUUUGGCAUGCAUGAAAAUGCCAACUUGGCCUUCCAGCGCCAAGAAACUGUGACUCUUAUAAACACCAUACUGGAUGUUAACCCUCGCACAUCAGCCCGUCAUGGAGCUAAAAGUGAUGAUGACAUCAUCUGCGAGCUUGCUGAAUCCAUCCUCCUGAAGCUACCUGAGUGUCUGAACAUGGAUGAGGCCUUGGAAACCCUGUUUGUCCCAGAUGAAAAGGGCUGCCUUAACUCACUGACAACUGUACUAAGCCAAGAGGCAGACCGAUUCAACAACCUGCUGAAAGUGCUCAGGAUGUCCCUUAUCACUUUGCAAAAGGCAAUAGCAGGUCUGGUGGUGAUGUCAGAGGAGAUGGACCUCAUAUACUCAAGCUUCCUAAACAACCAGGUUCCUAACCACUGGGCAAACUCUGCUUACCCUUCUCUCAAACCCUUGGCUUCCUGGGUCAGAGACCUGGCCCUAAGGACUGCAUUUAUCCAGACUUGGAUCACAAGUGGUCAGCCAAAAUCUUUCUGGAUCUCAGGAUUCUUCUUUCCUCAGGGGUUUCUUACAGGAGUGCUUCAGAAUCAUGCCAGGUGCCAUAAUUUGCCCAUUGAUGAACUCAACUUCCGCUUCAACGUAAUGUCGGUGUACAGAGACCAGGCCGCAGUUUGUGAAGCUUCACACACUGUGCCAUGCAACACUAAACUGGACAUGGAUGACAAGUUACAUGCGCCAGAGAACGGUGUGCUGGUGCACGGCAUGUUCAUGGACUCUUGCCGCUGGGAUGAUAACAACAGGGUGAUUGAGGAUGCAUUACCAAGAGAAAUGAACAGUAUGCUACCAGUGGUGCAUUUUGAGCCAGGGCAGAACUAUUUGCCUGAGCAGGACCUCUACCAUUCUCCUCUGUACAAGACCUCAGCCAGGGCAGGAACUCUAUCCACCACAGGUCACUCAACCAAUUUCGUUGUGACAGUCAUGCUUCCAUCCAAGCGAACCAGUGACUAUUGGAUAUCAAAAGCCUCUGCUCUCCUGUGCCAGUUGGAUGAUUAAAUAUGGACACAAAUAAUUUAACUAAAAAUGUGUAACCAAAACAUAAAUAAAUGCAGCAGAAACUCAAAAUCUG